UGAUAUAUAAUCAAUCGUUACAUUUGGAAUGACAUGUAUAAAAUCUCAGUUGUGGGUAUCAACCGUUUCCACAUUUGUAACACAACCCCUUAUACAUUAUGUGUGGGACAGGCGGGCAUAUCUACACCGGUGGUCGCUACCAGCAGCAACGGUCGCUGCGUGCGCCACGGGGUGAGAGAUGGGCCCUACCACGGCCAGGGCAGCCAGCUGGAGGUAAUUGGGCGCGGCCGACAUCACCCUCAGCGGCACCGAUGCAGAUGUCGGGAUUUGCUAAGCAUGGCAGCUUACUUCACCGGUCAGAGCCAACACAGCAACAGGCAUCCGAUCGGCCGGACACACUGGCGCCACUAGUAGAGGCUACUUUGUCGCUGAAGAGCAGCCGGACAUUAGCACUUGAACUGCCGCUGCCGCCAUGGAUUUCGAACACGGUAAUGCUGCCACCCUUAUACCAGGACAGCUGGCAGCAACUACAUGCACUGUCACCAUCGAGUAGCUUCAAGGGAGAUUGGUUGGUGCUACCGCCGCCCCCUUCGGAAUCACACCUGCGUGAUGCCGCGGUGCUGGAGGCGACGGGGGCAGCAGCAGCUGCUGCAGCCGAGGUGGCGGCAGCUGCUGCAGCAUCACCAUUAUCAAAGAAGUACCCGUCCAGGGCAGAUUCCAUGCGAAUCGUUGCCAAGGCAUUCGCCGACGUUGCCAAGGCCUAUGCCGAUGCUGGCACUGCCGACGACUCAGCUGACACCGCUGACACUAACCACACCACCAACGGUGCCAACAUCAGAAUGCUUGGCACGGGCCCUAGGUUACUCUACCCUGAUCCCCAGCCGCCAUCCUUGGCUCUUCCCAACGAGCCCCCUGUACCAGGAUUGUAG